AGGGAUGUGGAGGCCUCGAGCGUCCUCGGACCUAUAGAAGACCUAGGGGCGACCCGCGCCGGCACCUUUUCCCUUGCGGUCCGCGCUCUUCCACCGGAGAGCUGAGUGCACCGGAGCGCGGCGCCUGGGCUUGACGCAGGCCUGGCCGGGCGGCCUCGGAGGAGCAGGAAAGGCCUGCAGCGCGAGCUAGGGGCGCGGGGUCCGGGGCAGCACGGGGGCCAGCCUCUCAGAGGCUCACGGCCUGGCCACUUUUAAAAGGAGAAUGUCCCCUCCACCGUCCCUCUGCCCCGCGGCACCCGGUGGCCGGAACAACCUUGUCAUGAUGAUUUAUGCUUCUGCGUAAGAGCAAGUUGCUCCGUGGCCGAAACCCUUUCGCUCCUAGGAUUGAUCCUUUUUGUGGUUAUUGUUUUAAAAACAGUUUUAUUGAGAUGUAAUUUACGAAGCAUACAGUUGACCCAUCUAAAGUGCACAAUUCAGUGUCUUUUAGUAUGUUUGCAGAGUUGUGCAGCUGUCACCUUAAUGUUUUAGAACAUUACCCCCCAAAAGAAACACCUCCUUUAGCUGUCACUCCCCCCUCCCAUCUCCUCCCAUUCUCCCAGCCCUAGGCAACCACUAAUGUACUUCUGUCUCUGUACUUUUGCCUAUUCUGGAUGUUUCAUAUAAAUGGAAUCAUACAUUAAGUAGCCCCUUGUGACUGGGUUUGUUCACUUAGCGUAGUGUUUUCUGGGUUCCCCUGCCAUAGGUUCUUGACUUCAGGACAGUUUCCUGCUGGCUUUAGUUUCCUCUGGUAACUUGGGAAUCAAUUGACAUCUAUGGUUCAGGGACAGAGGGUCUCACGGAUGGCCCCGCUGCCAGGGGCAGAACUGGUUCAGAGGCCACUGCAGCUCUACCGAUACUUGCUGCGCUGUUGCCAGCAGCUGCCAACCAAGGGCAUCCAGCAGCAUUACAAGCAUGCUGUCAGGCAGAGUUUUCGGGUUCAUUCAGAUGAAGACAACCCUGAGAGAAUCCAGCAGAUUAUUAAAAGAGCCAUUGAAGAUGCUGACUGGAUCAUGAACAAAUAUAAAAAACAAAACUGAGAGCUCCGAGGGUGAGCCUUCCUGGCCUCUGGAAGUUGAGAGGCCCCUCUUCUGGAGCUCAGCAGCAGCAGCAGCUGGUUUGGAAGAUCCAUUGGCCUUGUUGGCUGAAAGCCAGAAAUCAGGGGAGAAGCUGACCUUGCUCCGGAGGCUGCUCUUGCUGUGGCCAUGUUGCCAGCAUCCUUUAUGUUUGCACUUCCAGCCACUUACGAUGUGAAAUUUGGGGAGAAUGUGGUAUUUUUUUGUUUCUUUUGUGUGUUUUUUAUUUUUGUGUUUUUGUUCUUUUACUUUUCUCUGAAAGUGAUUCAUUUAUUCUGGAGAUCUCUUUAUCAUUCUCUGAGUCCCAGAGCAGAUGUCCCCUCAGGUAGCAACCUGUACAGAAGAAAGCACAUGGGUUUUAGAACCAGACAGAUCUGGAUUUGAAUCCCAGAUGCAGUAAGAUGAAGGUGAAGUGCCUCACACAGGAUGUGGCACAUGACAGUGCCUGAAGGGCUCCCUUCAAGGAAGCCGUCCUGCCCCGCCCCCUCCUCUGCUCCUGCAGUGCCCUGCACAGCUCCGCUCCCCGCACGCACCGCGUCGGGUCUCAGUUAUUUGUUUGCGAGCUUGCCCUGUCCCUGCUUGUAGCCCCUGAGCCCUCAGAGUUGUCACACACCCAGCAGUCUGCCAAGGAGCUGCUUUUCCUGACUACUGUCUCUCCAUGCCUAGGGAAGUCAAAGCCUUGGGCCUUGCCUUCAGGGAGUUGACAAUGUCCUUGAAGUGGUGAAGUGCCCACCACAUGAACCAAGGAGAGACGCCAAAGCAGCUGCCAUGGACUCUGGCCUGUCCAAGCCUCUGCGCACCUGCAGUCUCUUUCCACUGGCCCUUCCCUGCUUUGCCACCAUCGUGGAAGAAUAGAAGGGAGGGGGAGAAGGUGGGUGGGCUCAGGGAGAAUGGCCAGAGUGGCCAGAAGAUGCAGAGAGAAGCCCCACUGGGAUCUGAGUAUUCCCCAAGGGCACUCAGCCACAGGGAUGAACUAGUGUUUGUUUGUAUCCUUGCAGUGAUGUGACUUAAAGUGACUCAGAGAUAUCUAUGUGUGCGAGUGUACUCCGCUGGCAGUGAAGUAAAUAUACCAAUUUGUGGAAGCUCGUGUGUCUUCUCAACUGAUAAACCAUACAUUCCCUAAGCA